UGGCACUUCCGGUCGGACCGAAUAACUGUCCGGUUCGGUUCAACUAUAAACCUUAUCCACAAAAUCCCAACAUUCAAACGCUUUUCCGAGUGUGGCAUUAGCACAAUCACAAUGAAAGCUCUGAAAUUUAUGUUCGACUGCCAUAUCUACAGAUCAGUCCGAUUCGGCUUACCUGGCGACCUGAGAAUCCUCCAUGGACAAGCUGGCUUCAUUAAACCACCUUAAUUCGCCUUUCCUUCAAAACCCACUAAUCGCUGCUAGCCCAUCAAGAAGCCAUUCACCCACUUCUCUUGCUUUUGGUGUCUCAGAGAAGUCUCUCGUUGCUUCUCUUCCAACUUCUUUGCCUAGACUUUCUUGUGGUUAUCACUUUGUGGAUGACGUGGUUGAGCUCAAAACUCUUAAUUCAGUGAAACUGUUGCAUACCCAGAUUGUAAAAAUGGCUAACAAGGAGAAUUUGGCAAGUCCGGUUGGAAAUUUGAUCACGUAUUACUUGCAAUUCGGAGACUUUAGCUCGGCGUCGAAGGUAUACUUUGUGGGUUUUGAACGCAACUACAUUCUGUGGAGUUCUUUCCUAAAGGAGUUUAGAAGUUUCGGUGGUAGUCCACGUGAAAUUCUUGAGGUUUUCUGUGAGUUGCAUAAUGCAGGAGUCAUUUUUGAUACUAAAGUUCUAACUGUAGUUUUGAAGCUUUGUUCAGCUUUAAAUGAUUGGGAGCUUGGGGUGGAAAUACAUGCUUGUUUGAUCAAAAGGGGCUUUGAUUUGGAUGUGUUUUUGAGGUGUGCGUUGAUCAAUUUUUACGGGACAUGUUUGGGCAUAGAAUGUGCCGACCAAGUUUUGUAUGAAAUGCCUGAUCAAGAAGGAAUGUUGUGGAAAGAGGCACUUAUGUUGAACGUCAAGAACGAAAGGUGGAUAGAGGCUCUAGAACUAUUUCGUAAUAUGCAAUUUUCGUUUGUGAAGUCUACCAGUAGUUCAAUCACCAAAGUACUGCAAGCUUGCGGAAAAGUGGGAGCUCUCGAUGAAGGAAAGCAAAUUCAUGGUUAUGUUUUACGGCAGGCGUUGGAGUCAAAUUUAUCAAUAUGUAAUUCUUUGAUUAGCAUGUACUCCAGAAACAACAAACUUAGACUGGCGAGGAAUGUUUUUAAUUCAAUGAAAGAUCAUAAUCUAUCUUCAUGGAAUUCGAUUAUCUCUUCCUAUGCCGCAUUUGGUUGUUUGGAUGAUGCUUGGAACCUCUUCAAUAAAAUGGUGGUGUUCAGUAUGGACCCAGACAUUGUGACAUGGAACUGCCUUUUGUCAGGGCAUUCUCUUAAUGGCUCAUAUGAAGCAGCUCUGACCAUUUUCCGGAGGAUGCAAAGUGCUGGCUUCAAGCCGAAUUCAAGCUCCAUCACUAGUGUUCUUCAAGCUGUUAUUGAACUAGGUUACUUAAACUUUGGGAAAGAAAUCCAUUGUUUUGUGAUGAGGAAUAGACUUGACUAUGACGUAUAUGUAGGGACCUCAUUGGUGGACAUGUAUAUCAAGAAUGAUUGCUUAAAAAGUGCUGAAGCUGUUUUUCAUAAUAUGAAGAAUAAAAAUAUUUUUGCUUGGAAUUCGUUAAUAUCAGGCUAUUCAUUCAAGGGCCUUUUCGAGGAUGCUGAAAAGCUAUUAAGUUGUAUGGAGUGGGAAGGAAUAAAACCUGACCUAGUGACAUGGAAUGGUUUGGUUACAGGCUAUGCAAUGUGGGGCCGCAACAAGGAAGGUGUAGCUGUAAUCGAUCGGAUCAAAAAUUCAGGAUUAAGACCUAAUGUGGUUUCAUGGACUGCUCUGAUAGCAGGCUGCUCAAAGAAUGAGAACUAUGCAGAUGCUCUGAAAUUUUUUAUUCAAAUGCAAGAGGAAGGUAUCAAGCCAAACUCAACCACCAUAUCUAGCUUACUUCGAGUUUGUGCAGGCCUAUCCUUGUUACAUAAGGGUGAAGAGCUACAUAGCUUCAGCAUACGGAAUGGUUUUGUAGAAGAUGUAUUUGUAUCCACGGCACUUAUUGACAUGUACAGUAAGGGAGGCAACUUUAGGAGCGCCCAUGAAGUUUUCAGGAAGAUUGAGAACAAGACAUUAGCUUCCUGGAAUUGCAUGAUCAUGGGGUUUUCCAUCUAUGGGUUUGGGAAAGAGGCAAUUUUUCUUUUUGAUGCGAUGUGUAAAGCCGGUGUCCAGCCAGAUGCUAUUACUUUUACAGCUCUCCUCUCUGGUUGCAAGAACUCAGGUUUAGUCAAUGAAGGAUGGAAGUUCUUUGACAGUAUGAAGAAAGAUUAUAAUAUAGAUCCUACAAUUGAGCAUUGCUCUUGCAUGGUAGAUCUUCUUGGAAGAGCUGGUUAUCUUGAUGAAGCUUGGGACUUCAUUCAAACAAUGCCACUGAAACCAGAUGCUACGAUUUGGGGUGCGCUUCUAGGGUCCUGCCGAGCCCAUAGAAACGUAGAGUUCGCAGAGAUUGCAGCCAAAAAUCUUUUUGAACUGGAACCAUAUAAUUCUGCCAAUUAUGUCAUGAUGUUGAAUCUAUAUGCUAUUUCAAACAGAUGGGAAGAUGUAGAGCGUCUUAAAAACUUGAUGCGUUCUGUAGGGGUUCGAAUUGGACAUGUGUGGAGUUGGAUACAGAUUGGUCGAAGGAUUCACAAGUUCUCUGCAGAAGGCAAACCCCAUCCAGAAGCGGGAGAAAUAUACUUCGAGUUAUAUCAGUUGGUUUCGGAAAUGAAGAAAUUGGGGUAUGUGCCUGAUAUCAGCUGUGUACAUCAGAACAUUGAUGAGGCAGAAAAGGAGAAGGUAUUGCUGAGUCACACUGAGAAACUAGCCAUUACUUAUGGAUUGAUGAAGGUGAAAAGAGGAGCACCAAUAAGGGUGAUCAAGAAUACAAGAGUAUGUAAUGAUUGUCACAUAGCAGCAAAGUUCAUGUCUUUGGUAGGAAGUCGAGAGAUAUUCGUCAAAGAAGGUCUUCGCUUUCACCAUUUUAGGGAGGGAAAGUGUAGCUGUAACGAUUGCUGGUAAGAAAUAAAGGAUUCCCACGUUGGCCUCCUUUAAGCUACGCCUUAUCAAUUGAAUUGCCUUGAGUUCUCAAGCCUCAACAAUGACAACAUGAUUGGGUCGACGCAGCUUCCCCUGGUCAAGGCAGGACUCAGCGGAUUUGGCAAGGAUUUGACGGGAAAUGUCCGGUCAAUUCCAUAAGCUUGUCAGGCAGGAUUAGGAAUUGGAAGAGGCUAGCUAUUAAUGGUUAAAUCUUUAUUUUGCUUUGAAGACGCACUAGGAAGCUGAUAUCCAACCCCACUUCUCCUCAGUUCCAAAUUGCUGUUCCACAAAUAAUAUCUAGCCAGGUCAUACCUAAUUUUUAACACCUUCAGAGGCGUUGACUUUGGUUGACGAGAGCUUUUUCUUUUGCGCCAUCCUCCAGCAGUCAGCAUUAUAACCCAAAUGGCAAAUGAGGCUCCAAAAGGAAUAGAAAAAACCAGAAAGAAUGAAAAGCCUUCUGUUAAAUGUAAGCAUGUUUUUGCUCCAUGCACUUUCUUUUGCUCUCUCUCCAUUCAAUGGGGAUCCAUUUCAUUGUCGCACUGAUGUCUCAUUAAGAAUAUUCUCCCUUUAAUCAUUCAA